UCAAUUUGAAAUAUGAAGAAAGCUGAUUAUGUGAAUUCCAACCCUUGUUUGCUAAGCAAUCAUCGGGAAAAGAUCCAUAAUAUAAAGAUGAAAACUAGAAGAAAGUCUAAGCACAAGUCAAGAAGUAGAGUCCUAGUAAUUCAUAUUAGUGGAAGUCUUGAACGGCUUCAAGAAGGCAAAACUCUUGAUAUUUAUAAAGUUCAGAGACCUCAAAGCACAAGGUCAAUGUCUAAGUUGCCUCAAAAUGUCUCUCAGAAAAAGCUAUUUGGCUUACAUAUUUCAAUCCCAACAAAGGAAAAAUCUCAGAAAAAUCCAACAAAGACUACAGAGAAGAAGCCUCAGAGGUUAUCAGUUCCAAGGAGCAAUAAUAAAUAUGGGAAAUACUUAAAUACAAAUCGAAAUCAUCAAAGAAGACUCAGCAAAGGCAACAAGUUAUACGUAAAGCGCAUUUUGAAACAGAAUAAGGAAUAUCGACAACUCCAGAUGAAGAGAUUUUCUAAUUCAGUAGAGAAAGCCCCAAAUCUAAGAGAAUCAAGAAAUGAAGAAGAUCCUUUGUUGCAAUUACAGAUUAAUAAGAACAGAAAGGAUUCUAAGCAACUAUCUGCGCUUAUGGAUAAGAAGCAGACAAAGACAUACAAGAAAUACCUUAACGUAGUUAGUAAUACUUGAGAUUUCAGGACAUUUUUGAAAAAAGACCAACCUAUCACUCGAAGAAGGAGGAAUAGAGGUAGCACAGAUUUACCUGUGAAGAAUAAUAUCAUAAUAUCCCCAAAGAAUUAUCAACCUCAGGACUUGAAAGAACUGCAUUACUUUUCUAGUACAAGAGGAACUUCUAAUGGUUUAAGAGAAAAUAUGGAUCCUUCCCAUAACAGAGGGACUUGCUCUUCAAUAAAAACUUCUCAGCAUUCCAAGACUGAGAGUAGGUAUUCAAAGCAAAUGGAAACUAAGAUGGCAGAGCAUAUUAUUGACUCAAGUUUUAUGAAAUAAACUCAUAAACCAAAUAGUUGCAUCCGAAUAGAUUCAUUGUAAAAUUCAACCUUAA